AAAAAAACAUAGGUGACUCCGCAUACAACGUAAGUUAGUGACAAGUAACAACCUCAAAAAACCAACCAAAGCCUCACAAACUCAUCACUCACUCAUUUGUUGCUACCAUUGUUGUUGUUUUGUGUCAUUCCAAUGGAGAGCUUAGCACUUCACUCGCUCUCCACUCCUUCAACCACCUUCCUACUCCAUCGUCGUCCACAACCCAUUUUCAGAUCUCAAUCCUCUCUUCCGUUUCACCCAUCUUCACGCUCAACCCCAUCAAUCAAAUCAUCACCAAUCUCUCAAUCUUUCUCUUUUCCCUCCAAAGCUUCAACCUUUAACCCUUUCUCAAAACCCCAUUUCCCAAUCCAUGCUAAUUCAUCUCCUCCACCUCCUCCUCCAUCACCAUCACCACCACAACCCUUGCCAACUAUUCUUCAAGGUGCAAAGCCAAUUCCUUUUCUGAUUUCAAUCUCCAUAGGUCUCAUUGUUCGCUUCUUUGUUCCAAAGCCAGUUGAAGUCACUGCUCAAGCAUGGCAGUUGCUUUCAAUUUUCCUCUCAACCAUAGCUGGGCUUGUUCUAAGCCCGUUGCCUGUUGGUGCUUGGGCUUUUCUGGGCCUGACAACAUCUGUGGUGACGAAAACUUUGAGCUUUACAGCUGCAUUUAGUGCUUUUACUAAUGAAGUGAUUUGGUUGAUUGUGAUAUCUUUUUUCUUUGCUCGUGGGUUUGUGAAAACUGGUUUGGGGGAUAGGAUUGCUACUUAUUUUGUGAAAUGGAUGGGAAAGAGUACUUUGGGGCUUUCUUAUGGUUUGGUGUUUAGUGAGGUUCUUAUUGCACCUGCUAUGCCUAGUACCACUGCUAGAGCUGGUGGUGUUUUCUUGCCUAUUAUUAAGUCUCUUGCACUCUCUGCUGGGAGUGAGCCUAAUAGUCCUACCUCUAAGAGGUUGGGCUCUUUUCUUGUUCAGAACCAAUUUCAGUGUGCAGCAAACUCCAGUGCUCUUUUCCUAACUGCUGCUGCUCAAAACCUUCUGUGUAUUAAAUUAGCUGAAGAGCUUGGGGUGAUAAUUACAAGCCCUUGGGUUACGUGGUUUAAGGCAGCUAGUUUACCCGCAUUCGUUUGUCUUCUUGCUACGCCGUUGAUUUUAUACAAGAUCUGUCCCCCUGAAAUUAAGGACACGCCAGAAGCACCUGCCAUGGCUACUAAGAAACUGGAAAACAUGGGCCCUGUCACUACAAAUGAAUGGAUUAUGGUUUCUACAAUGCUUUUUGCAGUCUCUUUGUGGAUCUUCGGAGAUGCUAUUGGCAUAGCAAGUGCUGUAACUGCGAUGGUUGGUUUAUCAAUCCUCCUCGUAACAGGAGUCCUUGACUGGCAAGACUGCUUGAACGAAAAAUCGGCGUGGGAUACCUUAGCUUGGUUUGCCAUUCUAGUAGGUAUGGCAAGUCAGUUGACAAACCUCGGAAUUGUCAGCUGGAUGUCUGAUUGUGUGGCCAACAGCCUUCAAACAUUCUCCUUGAGUUGGCCAGCUUCAUUGGCUGUUCUUCAGUCUGCUUAUUUCUUCAUCCACUACCUUUUUGCAAGUCAAACCGGGCACGUAGGGGCUUUGUUCUCCGCAUUUCUCGCCAUGCAAAGGGCAGCCGGUGUUCCUGGUGUUCUCGCAGCGCUUGCUUUAGGUUAUAAUACAAAUCUUUUCGGUGCAAUUUCUCACUACAGCAGUGGUCAAGCGGCUGUGUACUAUGGAGCUGGCUAUGUCGAACUUCCUGAUAUAUUCAGAACAGGAUUCAUUAUGGCGGUUAUUAACGCAAUCAUUUGGGGAGGUGUUGGCUCUGUGUGGUGGAAAUUUUUGGGCUUGUAUUGAUUAGUUUCCAUUUGCGUGUAAGUAAAUAGCAGUUCUGUAUGCUUCUUUGUUACCGGCCAAGAGAUAAGAUCCCUCUCAUUUGAGGACAGUUGAGUUCAUAUAAAGCUUUUUCUGCUUUUGGCUCAAUUAUUUGUUAGUUACCCUUGUCUGACUUUAUAUAUACAUUCACUGAUAUACUUACAAUGAUUUGAAUGUGGGAGCUUAAUGGCAAGUUUUAGAAUAAAAUUUACCCGGUUUCACCA